UGAGAAGUUUACAAGUUGAACCAGUGUACCAGUGAGAGUAAUUGAGUGAUCCUUGAGACUGUAAUCAGUAUGACAACUACCGACUUCGGGCGCCAUCAGUACUAUUUCUACGGUCAGGAACCGUCCAGUGUGAAUGUCAAAAUGGAGCAGAUGGAGUCGCACAUCCACGCAGAGGAUUACUACUUUCCCGCAACGAUCGGCGGACAAGGGCUGGCUUUGUCCAGUAUGGCGCUGUCACAGAGCUACGAACCUGCCGUUAACUAUCCAGAUAAUUGGAUGACUCCUUCACCAUCCAGCUUCGGGUCGGAGAGUCCCGAUUACUACUCCAUGAGUUCGCCCGCUUUCAUCGACGUCGAAGAAUGUAAGGAAAAUCUACUGAAACAAGCAGCUCAACAACAGAUACUUCCACUGUCUCCAACCAUUCUAACAUCCUCGCCGAAUGUUGCGGCAAGUAGUCUUCCUGUUAAAAAACGCCAGUAUCGUCGAUCGCCCAAAAUCAAACCCGAUCCAACCGGCAUGGAUGCUCAGGCAACACUUUCUUCGGAUCUUUCCUGCAAUACUUUGAUCUACCCGAAAGGCGGUGAGAUGAUCGUCGGUGGCGUUCAUCAGACCACCGCGAUCACCAUGGGAAAGCGGAAGCGGAAGCCCGUUUCGGUGCAGAUCAAAAAGAAGCGUCGUCUGGCCGCGAAUGCCCGUGAACGCAAACGAAUGCAGAGCUUGAACGAUGCGUUCGACCGGUUGCGUCAAUAUCUGCCCAGUUUAGGCAACGAUCGGCAGUUGUCCAAGCACGAAACUCUGCAGAUGGCACAAACGUACAUCACGGCCCUGUGCGAUUUACUGCAGUAGGGCGUCCUGCCGAUCCAGAAGAGCACCGAUUCGGAUAUAGACGAGUGUUAUGUAGUCAGUAGUUUUGUAGCUUGUUUUUGACGUUAAGCAGACCGUAGAAUGUACAUUAUGUUUCGAUGAGACAGACCGUUAGUGACAGAAUCUAGGAGGCUUUUACUGGGAGAAGUCGUCGUUUCCGUGCCAGUUAGUUAUAUUGCUAGCGUUAGACAGGUUAAGUUUCCCCCACUCCCAUUGUACUAUAGUAGAUGGUUAAGUUUGAGCAAAGAAUUUUAAAUUAUUUUAUGUUUGAAUUACGUAAACAAAUGUAUGUUAAUAGAUUAUGUGGAAAAGA